AGGUUAAAGCAUUUUCCCCUAAAGAUAAACAGCUCAUAAUUUCUGGGUGGGUACGUUAGGUAACUUAGCAUGUAUAACUUACUCAAGUCACAUAACAAAAAAAUAUGCAUGCAGCAAAAAUAACGUCGUCGUUUAUAACUAAUACAAAUCGCAUGAAGACUAAAUGUAAAAUAAACAAGCCUAUUUAAUGGUUUAAAAAUCAAUAGUUAUGUCUUUACCAAGCUAGUUGCGUGUCCCCUCAAAAGUUUGCUAAUUAAUAAAUGCUAAUAGCGCAGAAAAGCCAGCAGAGAGCGCGGCGAGUGAUGAUGUAGCGGUUCUUGAAUUGUUCGAUUCAGUUCAUUCGAAGAACCGAUUCAUUUAGUUGCGCAAACCGUACAAACUGUUGCGAGUCUCAAAGAGUGCUUUAUUAUUCUAUUAUUUAUUUAUUUAGGCUAUGUAUUUUAUAUUUUAGCGGUGUGCUGUUUCAUUUACAGGUGAAUCGAUACACAAAAAAGAAGAGGGAAGAAAAAUAGAACAGUUAAAAAUGUAAAUUUCUAUUUCAUGGGAUUACUUAAAGAUUUGAUGACAAUCACACCGAAUAGAUUUACUUUUUAAAGAAUAAGGACACUGUUAUAUGGGAAAACAAAAAAGGGAAAAAAAAGAUAAACUAGAAAUCAUUUGUAUUUUAUUAACGGGUCUCAUAUGUAUUUGCAUGUUCCUGGUAUAAAUGUGUUUUAAAAUUAGCAGGACUUUUUAGUAAUGUGACUGAAUAUUUAGGAUAUUUAAAAAUUUAAUAGGCCUAAAAACUGAAUGUGUUUCAAUUGUGAUACCAGCAGAGGGCAACCAAAUGUAACUGCAUUUACAAGAACAUUUUGUUAAAACAAUUCAAGGUAAAAUUCAUUAGUGACAUAGGUUUGUUUACCCCUUGAUCUUAACAAAUCUGCUUUACAUACCAUUACUGAUUUUUUACACAUUAUGCAGCCUACAUAAUGAUGUAAUAAUUAAAAUUAAUAAUAAAAAAAAUAAUUAUUCACAAUUUUCAAUGAAAUGCCUAAAAUGAAAUGGGUAGGGAAUGAUGAGGGUUGGUAUAAAAUAAUUUAGUAAAAAAUAAAUGCAUGUACAAAAUUCAAACUGAUUUCCAUGUUUCCAUAAAUGUCACAAAUCAUCUUACUGUUACAUGUGACUGAGGAAGUUAUAACAAAAACAUUCUUUGUACUUGCUUUUGAUUUGCACAGUUUAAAGAUAACUGUAGAUUGAAUAAUUAUAUAUUCAACCUUAAUUUGUAGCAGAUAAAUGUGGGGAAAUUAUAUCAAAGUCUAUUGAACUUUUGUGAGAACAGUGAUUUAAAUGAUACCUAAUGAUUUAAAGGCUUAGUCAGACGUCUUCCUUAUAAUGUCUCAGUAAAUUAUACAUGUAAUAUAAGAAGAUAGAACUAGAGGGACUGUUAGUGCUGAACAGGCGUGGAAAAUGGUUGGCGAUGCUUUACAGUUUCUGACUGGGGUGGAGGAGAUUUGUCUUUAUCCUGCAUUGGAUCUCUGCACACAAUAGACCUCUACAAACCACCACCCUCUAAAACCUGCAAAUACAAUACUUACAACAAAUAGUUUUAAUGAGUGCAACUUGACCAAAAGGAAGAAGAGAUGUGAUAAAGUAAACUACAAUUGCCGUUGCAUCCAUGAAGAAAAUCCCAUCUGGCUGUAAACGGACCACUUUCUUCCCAUCAGGCAAAUUUGAGAGUGUCCUGAGAAAGAGCAGGCUACGCCCCACUGUUGUCUAUGGUAACCAUUAGGAGCACAUCUGUUCAGCUCUACAGCGCUGUCGAAGCAAAUUCUCUACUGAAGUGCAGCGGCUCAAUGGCUGGCAAAGAAAUGAAGAACAGAGGUGGUAAAUGUCUGAAGGAAGUUCAUACAGUAACUGAAGCUCUGAAGAGCAUCUACCAGGAAAAACUGCUCCCGCUGGAGAAGUAUUAUGACUUCUCCGAUUUCCACUCAUCAAGCCUUGAAGAUGCAGAUUUUGACAACAAGCCCAUGAUACUAGUGGUGGGUCAGUGCUCUACAGGCAAGACCACUUUUAUCAGAUAUCUUCUUGAACAAGAGUAUCCAGGAAGCCGAAUAGGCCCAGAGCCCACAACUGACAGUUUCACUGCCAUAAUGCAUGGAGAGAUUGAGGGAAUUAUUCAUGGCAAUGCUUUAACUGUUGAUCCCAACAAGCCUUUCCGAAAACUCAGCUCUUUUGGAACAACCUUCCUCAAUCGAUUCCAGUGUGUGCAUCUGCCCAACCGAGUCCUGGAGAGUAUCAGCAUCAUUGACACACCAGGGAUCCUGUCUGUGGCCAAACGCAAAAUGAGCAGAGGGUAUGACUUUCCAGCAGUCAUCCAUUGGUUUGCAGAGCAUGUUGACCGCAUCAUCCUCUUGUGUGAUGCACACAAACUAGAGAUCUCUGAUGAGUUUUCACACACUAUAAUGGCAUUGCGAGGCAAUGAGGACAAGCUCAGAGUGGUGCUCAACAAGGCUGACAUGGUGGACUCCCAGGAGCUGAUGCGAGUCUAUGGCGCACUCAUGUGGUCACUCGGCAAGGUAUUCAGCACACCAGAGGUUCUGAGGGUCUACGUUGGCUCCUUUUGGUCCUCUCCAAUGCGUAUGACUGACAAUCGAAAACUCUUUGAGCAAGAAGAGGAAGACCUUUUUGCAGACAUUCAGAACCUGCCACGAAAUUCUGCACUGAGAAAACUCAAUGAUCUGGUGAAGCGAGCACGACUUGUGAGGGCCCAUGCUUAUAUCAUUAGCUCUCUAAAAGAAGAAAUGCCUUUAGUUUUCUGCAGAGAAAAGAAGAAGAGAGAUCUAAUUUAUGACCUUCCUAUCAUCUAUUCAAGAAUCCAACAGAGAUAUCGGAUUUCACCUGGAGAUUUUCCAGAUUGUGCCAAGAUGCAGGAGCGACUCAUGAGUCAUGACUUCAAGUUUAAAGCCUUCAAGCCUAAGCUCUUAGCAGGCCUGGAUGAGCUCCUAAACACUGACAUAGCCAAGCUGAUGCCUCUUCUGAGCCAAGAAGAAGAAGAAACAGCUGACCAACUUUUAGUGCAAGGAGGACCUUUUCUAGGGUCACAAAUGGGACCUUUUAUUGUGGGGAACCCAUUUAAUCACUAUGGAUCCAAUGGAGAAAGUGAUCAUGUCUCGAAUGUAGAAUGGGUGGUAUUAAAAGAUAAACCAAAGUACGAUGAGAUCUUUUACAACCUCUCGCCUCAUGAGGGAAAGCUGAGUGGGUCUAAAGUGAAGGGCUGGAUGAUGAGCACUCAUCUGCCCAGCUCAGUUCUAGGACGAAUCUGGAAGCUCGCAGAUGUGGACCGUGAUGGCAUGUUAGACGAUGAAGAGUUUGCUUUGGCCGGCCAUCUCAUUGAGGUAAAGUUGGAGGGCUUUGGGCUCCCUCAUGAGCUACCAGCGCAAUUGGUACCACCAUCCAAGAGACAGCGCAAGAACUCUGGCACAGAGAUUAGAGACAAUAAUGAUUAGUCUGCAUGUCUUAAUGUUUACAAUGACAGCGUUUAUUCAACAUUUAAAUCAUUAAUAAUAUUAAACAAAUGUAUUCACAAAUAUAAUACCUAAAAUCGCUUAUUGCUUGCAAAGUUUGGAUGUAUAAAUCCUCCAUAGACAGAAAGAAUCUCAAAAGACAAGUUGUUUUGAUGUUUCAGAUUGCCCUAGGGUUGAGAACAGCUUAUUCUGUGAAUCCUGCUUGGCUAGUUGCAGAAACCCCCUCGAGACUGUUGCUAUGAGGCACACCAAUGUCAACACUUAAAAGUGCCUUAGGGUGUUUCAAAUACUAUUUGUCAAGUGAAAUUUUGUUUGUUCAAAAAAUUGUUGGUCAAUAAGUAAUUAAACUUGUAUGGUAGAGC